AUGCCUUCCUCCAAGGGAUACACUCAGCGUCCCCAGGGAUUCUCCACCAACAGACUACACUCCAACAGAUAUGAGCUUCACCUGACUAAUUUCUUGGUCGACUCUCCUAUGCUCGUCCCCAAAAAGAGAGCCUGGCCUGGCAGCAGCCGAGCGCGCGAGGAAGCUCGCGCCUCUUCCUCCGUCUUAUCCAUCACCAUGCCACGUGAGGAGAAUGUUAGCAGCGACAAGAGCAGCAACGAGCGCGCUCAUGAUGGUUCGGAUGCCGACUCGGAGUCUUCCGAAUCUGAGCAGAAGGUGACCUCGCCCUUGCGGAAGACCAAGGCUAAACACACCGGCAUAAUCAAGGCGACGAAGCACGACAAGUGCCUCAAGGACACCGGACCCUGCCUGAAGAAGAAGCAGGUGGUCUUCGAGGACACUGACACCGGCUUUAUGGCCGACACCAGCGAGCCCGAGCUGCCCCUGAAGAGCUGUCUAAAGGGGAAGGGCAAGAAGGCCGUCAAGUACGCCGAGCAGUCUGAUGUCUCUGAGGAGAAGUCAUCCGCGCCUGAGACUACUGAACCCAGCACCACUGAUGGAGAUUCUACCAAGGCCGUCGUUCUUUCUGACGAGGACAGCAAUGUCGGCCCCGCAACUGACAACGAUAGCAAGCCUAAAGCUACCACAAGUGCUUCUGGAAAUUGGUCGGCUUCCGAAGAUGCCGCCAUCGUCUCCAUGAAGGAGGGCGGCGAGAUCUGGGCAUCGAUUGGGCAGGCUAUCGGUCGCGGCAAAAAGGAGGUCCAGAAACGCUGGAAAGAGCUGUCGACGCAGCAGACGGAAGGCGGCAGUACCACUACUGGUAACAUGACAAGCCUCACUCCUGCUGACACCGAAAACGACGCCGACAACGAGAUGACAGAUGCCGCGACCAAUAAGGGUAAGGGCAAAGGCGGCAAGAAGUCCGCAAAUAUUCCGAAGAAGACAAAGACAUCGCCAAAGAAGGAGACCGCGCUCAUGAUCGUCUCCUCUGACUCGGACAACGAAGUCGGCAGCUCCCCCGACAACGACGUGGAUAGCGAGGCGGAGAUCUACACGCGCAUGUACAGCAACUUGAAUCUGGACGACUCCGCAGCCCUAGAGCCGGACUCGGACUUUAAUGUGCAGGAGUGCAACGUGCUGAAGGUCAUUGAUGUGAAGAACAAGGUGAACCACUGGCUGGAGGUGCAGGCGGAUUUCUUCAACGCUACGGGACGGAUGGUCCCCGUUGGCGUGUUACGCCGCAAGCUGGAGGGAGGCCAGAAGAUGGCUUCUAUUGUGGAGGGAGAUGAGGACUAG